AUGCCAAAUGGUAAACAAUGGAAUCAUGAGUUGGUUUUGUCACUAGUAGGCGAAGAGGUUGCGCAAAAGGUGCAAAACACACCGCUCUUUAUUUCGGUCCGCGAUGACAAAUUGCAUUGGAGGUAUGAAAAAGAUGGAAAAUUCUCGAUUUGUAGUGCUUAUCGUUAUUGCAUCAAUGAAGCUAUUGAUACUUCUCAUCUUAGAAUUAAUGAAAAAUGGAAUUUGUUAUGGAAUAUUAAAACUCCCCCGAGAGUGAAGAAUUUUUUGUGGCGGCUAUGUAGAGAUUGUGUGCCUACUAGACGGAGACUUUUGGAUAAAGGGGUCUCUUGCCCAGCUAUUUGUGUUUCAAAUCAUGACCAUCUAUCAUUGUUCUCCGUCAUUCUUUGGAGAAUUUGGAAAGGGAGAAAUAAUCAUAUUUGGAAUUCCGCGGAAGAACCGACAGAGGUAAUUUGUCAGCGAGCGGCUCAACUUUUGGCGGGAUGGAAAAAUGCUCAACAACAUCGCCUAAACAGUGAGAUUAACAAUCCUUCGCCAAUUGUUACUAGGUGGUGCAAACCAUCGGCUGGUCGUCUCAAGUGUAAUAUUGAUGCAUCCUUCUCCCAGAAUAAGGUAGGCAUCAGUAUCUAUAUUAGAAAUGAUGCUGGCCAGUUUAUUGCAGCCCGAACAGAAUGGUUUUCCCCAUGUACUUAUGUGGCUAUAGGAGAAGCCAUAGGCCUUUUGACAACUAUAAAGUGGGUUAUUAAUCUGGGCUUUGAUAAUAUGGAUUUUGAAUUAGAUGCAAAGCAAGUUGUCGAUGAUGUGAAUUCUGUGAAGCCAAACGACUCGGAUUUCGGAGCUAUUGUCGAUGAUUGUAAAAGGUUGAUUACUCUCUUUUUUAGGAACUCUCAUGUUAAGUUCGUUAGAAGACAAGCCAAUGAGGUUCCUCAUGCUCUUGCACGGGUGGCUCCAUCCCUAGCUAGUUUUCACAAUUUUACUGAUAUUCCAACAUGUAUUCAGAAUAUUAUUAUUAAUGAAAUGAUAUAG